AUGGCCACUGUCAAUGCCAAGCAGCUACACUGGACGCAACGCGUUGCGCUUGUCAGACACAAUCUCCAUGCCGCUGGUCGUAGUGGAGAUUGCGGCUUCUUCAAGUCGCUGCAGGCGGCAGGUCUGAUCGAAGGUACGAACCAUUUCGCCUGCUUGACGACCACCAUGGGUGACGAGGCCGACACCCUUCUCGCUGCACUGGACAACCUCAAUGGUGCUCUGGCCUUGACCUAUCAAGAUGCGUUUCAGAAUGUUUACGACAACCUAAAGAAUUCGAUGCGUGAUACGGACAAGGAGGCAGACAGAUCGAAGCUAUACGUGGAUAUCACCUUGCAGAAAAACAAGGUGGAGAUGGCCAUCGAUAAGCUCUCCAAUUCUGCUACGGCCCUCAUCAACCAGCAGCCUCCUCAUGCGCAGGACCAAGCGGCAAACGUCUACAUCACGGGUAUCACCCUCGUUGCGGACUGUGCAGAGGUCGUGACCAAGCAACUCGAGACGCUCGACCAAAAGAUGGACGACUUCAUCCGUCUCGAAGACAGCUGGAACACAGUCAAGGCCUCUGUCCUCGCGGCAAACGCGGGCUUGAAGGGCGUCUUCUACAUGCUGGACGUCAAUGACACCAAAGGCGAGGGAACUCCACGCAGCGUCAGCAUCUCGAGCGCCAGCAGCAACAUGUUCCGCCGGAUCUCCAACGCUUUCCAAUCCAGCCCGACCAGCCGCAGUUCCAGCGUAGCCAGCGCAGGCGCUCCAAGAGGUUCCAUCAGCGGCGGCUCGAUGCCGGUCUAUCGCACUCCGAACUACCUUCGCAACAGUAUCAGCGCCGGCUGUCCGACCAGCAUGCCAGCCACUUUCAACAUUCCAUCGCCAUCCAGCAACCCACCGAACUUCAGCAACUUCGAGGCAAACAAGUUCAACAGCUUCCAGGCGCAUACGCUGAGCACGAUUCCACCAACGCCAGGCUACGACGAGGAUGAGAAGGACCCGUUCGACACGACCGAGAUCCCGCCAGUGCCAGCCAUGCCAAUCAAUCUCCAACCGGAAAGGAUGAGCCAGGCAGUCAUGUAA